GCCAAUGGUAACCUUUCUGCGUCAAUUCUCAACAGCCUUUAUAAUGAGAACUUGGUUAAAGAAGGAGUUUCUGCAGCCUUUGCUGUAAAACUGUUCAAAUCAUGGAUCAAUGAAAAAGACAUCAAUGCAGUGGCUGGAAGUCUUCGUAAAGUUGGAAUGGAUAAUAGACUUAUGGAACUUUUUCCAGCCAAUAAGCAAAGUGUUGAACACUUCACAAAAUAUUUCACUGAUGCUGGAUUGAAAGAACUUUCAGAGUAUGUGCGAAACCAGCAAACCAUUGGGGCUCGCAAAGAGCUGCAGAAAGAACUUGCAGAAAUGAUGUCGCAUGGAGAACCCCUUAAGGAUAUAAGUUUGUAUGUAAAGGAGGAGAUGAAGAAAAACAACAUCUCUGAACAGACUGUUAUAGGCAUCAUGUGGUCCAGUGUUAUGAGCCUUGUGGAAUGGAACAAAAAGGAGGAGCUGGUAACGGAGCAAGCCAUCAAGCAUUUGAAGCAAUACAGCCCUCUCCUUGCUGCCUUUACUACCCAAGGUCAGUCAGAACUGACUCUGCUGCUGAAGAUUCAGGAGUACUGUUAUGACAACAUUCACUUCAUGAAAUCCUUCCAGAAAAUUGUGGUGCUUUUUUAUAAAGCCGAAGUUCUG